AUGAGUGUCUUCGGAGAUUUUCAACGCGUGUGGGUGCAACGUUUUCCAGAGAGUGCUUUGCCAGCAGCUUGGGAAGAAGAUGUCAGGGCCAAUUUAGCUAAACACAAACAAAAAGUUGCUAUACUGAGAGAAGAAUUAGAGAAAGAAGAGUUUUAUGUGGAGUAUUUAGAAACUUUGCUGUCAGAUGUUGAGAAACAUAAAGUUGCCGCACAAGGCAACCGAACGGCUCCGCCCUCGGGGGGUGACGUGAACGAUCUCGACGAUAAGCCUCCUGAUAGCAAGCAGGGAUCCACCACAGACUUGCUACUAAAGAAAAGUGACAUCAGUCUCAGUAGUAAUAAAAGUGAAGACUCCACACCAGAAACUGCUGAAUGUGAACCUGUGCAGCUCAGACACAAACCACCUCGUAUAACUGAAAGAAGUUCAGUCAAUCAAUGCAUCAAUGAGUUGUCAAACCUUGCUGCAGAGGCAGCUCGGAGAAGAUGUAAUAGUGAAAUAGUCCAGAGAACUGACAUUAAUCAAGAUACUAAUGUAGCAGUAGAACAAACAAGUCCAAAUCAAGCCAAAAACCGUCCAAUGUCACAAACUGGUGAUUUUGUAACAGUCAUCGAAGUAAAUGGUCUGAAAUUAGCAGAAUCUGCUUCCAAGAAGUCAGAGGAGUCCCAGCAAUCAUCAGAAGGCAGUCCUGUUGAUCCUGUCGCUAUUGCUAAGAAGAAAGUCCCACCCAAACCACCACCAAAAGUGUUCAGUAAGCGCGGUGCGUCAUUGCCGGAGACAGGUCUAGCAGAAGACAGUCCGCCUUCCUCGUUAGGCCGUAGAAUUCGAAACGCGGAAUCUCGCGAGUCCAUUACAAGUAGAGCGUCGACGCCUUCCAUUAGUGAGAGAGUAAAAAGUUAUGAAUCUAUCAACUCAUUAUCGUCAGAACGAAAGCGUUCAGGUGGGGCGGCCACUCCUCGGUCUAUUGAUGAGGAGGCGACGUCCACUACACCGGACCUGGGAGACGCCACGGACGCUGACAAGUCCGCACCGAUAUCUUUAGAAAGUAUACCAGCGGCCGUGCCUGGCUCUGAGGACGAACCAUACUAUGACCAAGUUCCCGUAGACAUCAACGACGGCGAAUAUGUAUACAUACAAGCAGGUGGUACGGGUUCGAGUACAGAGGAUGGUUCGAGUGGUACGAGCACUCUCCCCCUGGUGGGCAGUAGCGCGGGCGGGGCGGCGCCCUCCGCGCCCACCGCGCCGCGCGCGCCCGACUCACCACCCUGCGCCAUCGCACCCAACUACGUCAACAUACAUUACUUCCUACAGAAAGGAGGUGAUGGCACAGAACCAAGCGAUACGACCUCUGAACUGGCUGACUCUAGCGACACUCCUUUACUGUUGAGAACAAUAUCUUCGGACACAGAAGCCAGUGCUACACCUCCCGCACUUAGAAAACUACAUACUCAGGAAUCGAGCGGCAACAAUGCGGAAGCUGAGCGGCUGACUAUGCACCGUUGUAUAAUAACGAGCAUCAUUGAGAGUGAAACGGUUUAUGUUGAAUGCCUCUAUGUUAUGGAGAAGUAUAUGAAUGCAAUUAAAGCGACGCUGUCUACAUCCCAGCCUGUUAUAACGGAAGAGGAGUUUAACACAAUCUUUUACAAGAUAUCAGAGCUCCACGAGUUACAUAAGAACUUCCUAGAAGGAUUAAAGGCGGCAGUCGCUAGCUGGGAAGAGCCUCUAUCUGUAGGGAUACAUUUCAAAAAGAUGGCAGAAAACAUAAACAUUUACGGCGCGUUCUUACACAACUACGGUCGUGCGACGGACGCGGUGCGACGUCGCUGUUCCACAUCGCAGAGCUUUGCGCACCUCACGAAACAGAUCUCCUGCCACGGACAGCCCAUGUCCCUUGACGACCUGCUUCAUAAACCAGUCGCCAGGGUCCAGAAGAAUGCACUAGUUUUGCAUGACCUAAUUAAGUAUACUCCAGCCAGUCAUCCAGAUCACGCUAUGUUGACGGAAGCACUGAAUAUGACUCAACACUUCCUAGAUGAAUUCAAUAUUAUUCAAACUAAAUCUAUGUUCCCUAACGCCGAUCGCGCACAAAGGCGACUCGUCAAGAAUUCUUUCAUAGUGGAACUCUCAGAUGGACACAGAAAACUAAGGCAUCUAUUCCUCUUCAACGACGUCAUUGCUUGUGCCAAAUAUAAGGCCUCAGGGCGCGAUAAGUUCACGUUUGAGUUGAAAUGGUUCAUUCCUCUGCCGGAUAUUGUGGUGGUAGAAGACGAGAGUCUCGGAGCAAACGCUAACGACGCGCGCGAGACUUCGCCCGCCAACAUCGUGGCACUGAAGUCACAGGCCUCCACUGUACGCGACCAAAUACUGGCUGAAGAACGAGCCGCUGCUGAUGACAAGAAAAUUCGCAUCGGCGGUCGUGGCGCGGCGGAGAAGCAGCGCAAGAAGCUGGCGGAGCUGGAGGCGCAGCUGGUGCUGGCGUCGCCCAACCUCGUGUUCCGCGUCGGCGCGCGCGCGCCCGGCGCCGCCGCGCUGCACCGCCAACAUGUCUUCUUCCUCAGCUCCGAGUACGAGCGCACGCAGUGGAUCGACUCCAUACAUGCACUGCAGGCUUCAUCAGCGCCGCCAGCGGGUUCAAGUUCCAUCUCAAUGUUGGAACUGCAGGCGUGGGUGACUGCGUGUCGCAGCUACUUACAGACGGACAUGGGAUCCUACCUACUGCGCAGUGGACGCGACGACUCGCUACUGCUCGGAGACCUACAGCUUCACAUCGGGGGCAUGACUGCACCACUUGAUACCGCUGCCGAUUACUACAUAGUUGUGGAGGUGGACUCCUACGGCCAUUACUUCCGCAAGGCGAAGUCGAAGCUAGUAUGUCGCAGUGCGCAGCCGCGGUGGAACGAAAGCUUCACUUUGGACCUAGAGGGUUCACAGAACUUGCGACUCCUGCUCUACGAGGACGCUGCAAGACCCGUGCUGCGAGGGAAAUGUACCAUCAAGCUGUCCCGCGAGUGGGCGGCGGAGGGGGGCGGGGCGGGGGGCGGGGCGGCGCGCACGGUGUGCGUGGGCGGCGGGUCGCUGACGCUGCGCCUGCGCCUGCUGCCGCCCGAGCGCUCGGCGCGCCGCGUGCCCUCCGCCAAGCCUGGCGCGCUCUUCGGGAACAAGAUCACACAUGUCGCCAAACGAGAAAAGCGUAGCAUUCCGUUUAUAAUAAGCGCCUGCGUACGUGAGGUGGAACGCCGCGGUAUACACGAGGUGGGCAUCUAUCGCGUCUCCGGGAGCGCUUCGGAUCUUAACAGACUCAAGAAGAGCUUCGAAACCAAUGCCUAUGAAGCAGAACAGUUGCUAAAGGAGGUGGACAUACACUCGGUGACGGGCGUCCUGAAGUUAUAUUUGCGGGAGCUACCAGAGGCUUUGUUCACGGACGCUUUGUACCCAGAGUUACUGAAAGCGUGGGGAGCCACACAAGGUGCAGGUACAUCUGUAGACUCUGGUCCAGCACAUACCAGGCGACAUGCCCUUCUCAAAUGUUACGCUCAGUUGCCAGACCUCAAUAAAAAUUGUAUCGACUUCCUACUGAACCAUUUUGUCAAAGUGAACCAGCACGAAAGCGAGAACAAGAUGUCGCUGCACAACCUGGCCACGGUGUUCGGUCCCACGCUGCUGCGGCCCGCCGCGGCCGGCGCCGGCAGCAAGCUGCGCACCGACCUGCUGGCGGCCGGCACCGUGGACGCCAUGGCGCAGGCCGGCAUCCUCUACUGCCUGCUGCAGCAGCGACAGCUCGCCGCGCAGCUCUCCUCGCACCAUCGCUCGCCGCACUCCGCACUCGACUAG